GUUUUGUAACCUAUAAAUUGCGAUGGAAGAAUUGGGUGAAUCUGAGCUGGGAACCCAAGAAUACUGGGAUAAACGGUACAAGCAUGAGGUGAAGAAUUUCCGGACACACGGUGAUGUGGGAGAGGUGUGGUUCGGCGACGAUAUCGUCGUGAGAAUACUCAGAUGGUUCGAGAAGAACGUCGAUCCAUCUCAGAGCAUCCUGGAUUUAGGCUGUGGCAAUGGCAUGUUGCUCAUAGAUCUCUAUCGAGAGGGCUUCAAGAACUUGAAAGGUGUAGAUUACUGUCAGGGUGCCAUCACUUUGGCGAAGGAGAUUGCAGGCAAGGAGGAAUUUGAUAUAGCCUUCGAUACACUGGACAUCACGGCUGACUGCUCUGGAAUCUGUGAUAUUGAUGUAGUGCUGGAUAAGGGGACUUACGAUGCUAUUAGUCUAUCGCUGGAGGCUAAGGAGAACAGAUUGAAAUACAUCAAGAACGUUUGCAAGUUCAUGAAAGACAAUGGUUUGUUCAUAAUCACUUCUUGCAAUUGGACUCAGGAGGAGCUGUGCGAACAGUUUGAGGACGCUUUCGUGUAUUACAAGCACAUUCCGACGCCGCAGUUCAAGUUCGGUGGAAAGGUGGGCAGCGUCGUCAGCUCUGUAGUAUUUAAGAAAAUUGUAAAUUAAGUUUAUUUAAUAAAU